AUGGCGGGCUUCCGCAGUUGGACGACAGUCAUUGCCAAUUUGCUGGUGCCCGUGGGCAUACUCACCUUCUCUUCAGGGUUCUUCCCUUAUAAACCGUUGAUCCCUGGAUUAGCGACUUUUGAUGAAACCGGCCAGAAUGUCAUAGUGCCUGCGGCUUUUGAUAAAGUUAUCUUCAUGGUUGUUGAUGCGCUGAGGAGCGACUUUGUAUAUUCGAACGAGUCGGGUUUCUUGUUUACACAGAGCUUGAUCCGGUCCGGUGCUGCAUUGCCAUUCACUGCCUAUGCAAGCGCUCCAACUGUCACAAUGCCUCGAUUAAAAGCUAUCACAACUGGUUCAGUUCCAUCUUUUCUAGAUGUUAUUCUCAAUAUCGCAGAAUCGGAUACCUCGUCAACACUGGCAUACCAGGACACCUGGUUGGCACAAUUGAAGGCUACAGGAGGACGGCUUGUGAUGUAUGGGGAUGAUACCUGGCUCAAGCUCUUCCCGGGAAUGUUUGACCGAGCUGAUGGAACUACAAGCUUCUUCGUGUCGGACUUCACGGAAGUAGACCAUAAUGUGACUCGACACGUUCCUCACGAGCUUGCCCAGGAUGACUGGUCUGCUCUGAUAAUGCAUUACCUAGGUCUCGAUCACAUAGGACAUAAGGCUGGCCCCAAAAGUCCAUUCAUGAUACCGAAACAGCACGAGAUGGACUCUGUGGUGACUGAAAUCUAUACCGCAAUGCAGCAACAAGAUCAUCUUCAAUCCACACUUUUCGUGUUGUGCGGAGAUCAUGGCAUGAACGAGGCUGGAAACCAUGGCGGGUCAUCUGCUGGAGAAACAUCCCCCGCGUUACUUUUCAUUUCACCCAAGUUUGAAGCCUUGGGUGGCCGAAGAGAAAGCCCAGUGGAACCGUCGGGUGAUAUGCAGUACUACCAAACGGUUGAGCAGGCGGACAUUGCUCCGACCUUGGCGGGGCUUCUUGGUAUCCCAAUUCCUUUAAACAGUCUUGGGGUAUUCAUCCCAGAAUUUUUAGAGAUGUGGGAUCAUGGUUCUCAUAAACUUCGAAUCUUAUAUCAAAAUGCUGAGCAGCUGCUGAACACGUUGACAACAACAUUCCCUGGAUCUACGUUUGGCCCCGAUAGUCCUACAUCCUGUGCUCCAGGACUUCCAUCAGGUAUUGAGGGAGCUCAAUGUGCGUGGGCUCGAGUCCAGCAACUUCUCUCAGGUAGGGAUGAAGCAGAUGAUUCUUACUCUACAGCUGGCCCCGAUUUGCUGCAAUUUUUAAGGAUUGCACAGGAAGUUAUGAGUCGUACUGCCAGUAACUACGAUGUCUCCAGACUCAUUCUGGGCUUGUUGAUCACGGGGAUUGCAGGCCUGCUUGUCCUUCCGGCCACAUACAAGGAAUGCACACGUCACGGAUCUUCCGGGAUGUUUUUGACGCUUAUGAUCAUCACCUGUGGGAUGAUGAUGUUUGCUAGUAGCUAUGUGGAAGAAGAGCAGCAGUUCUGGUAUUGGAUCUGCUCGGGGUGGAUUGUCUACCUGCACAUGAAAUCGCAAUCGUCUGCAAAGCCGCUCUCACACAAACGCUCUGGAUUAUUAUUAUAUUGGUCUGACAAAUGUAUCAUUCUUGUGCUCGCCAUCACCCAGCGGCUCUUGCGACGAUGGAACCAAACUGGUCAGAAAUUCGCGGCCGAGCCUGAUAUUGCUCGCACAUUCUUUGCACGCCACCCGGAAAUCUUCUGGGGUCUUUUUAUCCUCGCGUACGUGGAUGCCGGUCGUCAUCUUCUCGGGAGUAUACCAAUCCCUGGAUUAUUGAGGCUAGGUGUCUUGGCCCCCUCCGCGUUGGCCUUUACGUUCAAAUUGCACUUUGUGACUUCGGAAUCGCCCGAACUCCUUGAUGGGACAUUCAUCUCGCAAAUCAUGAAGGAAUGGCCCUACAGUCUAUCAUUGGUCUUGCAUGCCAGGCUCGUGUUUUACGGACUUGCUGUCGUUGUCCUACUAUCGCUCUUUGCCGGAAAACGAUCAAGAGUCCCCCGAGUACCAUAUGAUACAAUCCAUGAAGCUCUGCACAUCUUCCUAAUGACGCAGUCCCGUGCCACUAACGUCCCCCUGUUCCUAAUUUUCCGAAUCCAGGCCGGCAUUCUCUCUUCCAUGAACCUCACAGGGAUUGAGGUGACAAUCACAACCUUGAUCUUCCAAUAUAUGACGUUCUUCGCGUUUGGCGGAUCCAAUGCAAUCUCCUCUGUAGACCUUGCUAGUGGAUAUAACGGUGUUGACAGCUACAGCGUGGUGUUGGUGGGAGUUCUCACCUUUGCGAGCAACUGGGCAGGGCCUAUCUGGUGGGCAUCACAAAGCCAUCGUCUCCGGCCGAAGAGUCCCGUAGGACAAGACCCCUCGGCACUGUUGACAUUCCAUGUUGCCGUGUCCUUGGUUUCUGUCAUGGCCGCCUGUACAGCCCUCCGGACGCAUCUUUUCAUCUGGACCGUUUUCUCGCCCAAGUAUCUCUACAGUAUGGCGUGGGCCACUGCCAAUCAUGUUGGUGUCAAUUUAUUGGGCGAGGUUAUUUUCUCUCGAUCGCGAUCUCGUCAUUCUUCAUAA